CAUAAUAAAAUUAGUUAAAAUUUGGUUAUCAAAUUGCAAAAAUAGAAUGGUUUAAGUACCCUUAAAUUCAAUUACCCUAUAUCUCUAUAAGUAUAUGUUCCUCAUGUUUAUGUUCAUAAAUUUUACAGAUGUGGAGAGCAACAUUUACUGAGCUUAUAGCAACAACCUUCCUUGUAUUCACACUAACAAUUUCCAUAAUCUCAUGCUUAGAAUCAUCAAAUGAAUCCGAAAAACCUAAUAAAAUUCUAGUCCCAUUUGCUGUCUUUAUCAUCGCCUUCUUUUUUCUUUUAGCAACUAUCCCUCUAUCCGGAGGUCACAUGAAUCCAAUUUUCACGAUCAUUGCUGCCCUAAAAGGCUUCACAUCAUUACUUCGCGCCGUGUUCUAUAUCACGGCGCAAUGUCUCGGUUCAAUCAUAUCUUAUACGAUAAUCAAGAGCGUAAUGGACGCAAAUACAGCGCAAAAAUACUCGUUAGGAGGGUGCGAAAUAAACGACCGAAACGGAACUGGAAUAACCCUAGAGACUGCACUAGUUCUUGAAUUUUGUUGCACUUUUUUGGUGUUGUUUGUUGGUGUAACGGUUGCGUUUGAUAAGAGAAGGUUUAAAGAACUUGGAUUAGUAAUGAUUUGUGUUGUGUUGGCUGCAACUAUGGGAUUAGCAGUUUUUGUUUCGAUUACUGUAACGGGAAAGAGUGGCUACGGUGGUGUGGGGUUGAACCCUGCGAGAUGUUUAGGGUCAGCUUUGGUGCAUGGAGGUUCAUUGUGGUAUGGGCAUUGGGUUUUUUGGGUUGGACCGUUUUUGGCUUGUAUUGUUUAUUAUGGUUUUACUUUGACCUUACCAAAAGAAGGCAUGGAGUAGUUUGCUAAAAUAUAAUUUUUUAAUAUGUUGA